GCCGCGCUCGGGGCACCGGGUGGCUGCGGCGGCGGCGGCGUCCACCCCAGAGGCGGUUGUUGCCGCGCCCGGUACUGGGAUCGCUGCCCGAGGCGCAGACGCGGUGGACUUCGCCCGCCCCGGCCCUCGGCUCGCUGUGGGCUCGUCAUGGAGACCAACCAGAGGCCGUAUCACCUGGUGGUGUUUGGCGCCUCAGGCUUCACCGGCCAGUUCGUGGCCGAGGAGGUGGCCCGGGAGCAGGUGGCCUCGGGGCAGAGCUCCAGCCUGCCCUGGGCCGUGGCGGGCCGCUCCCGGGAGAAGCUGCAGCGAGUGCUGGAGAGGGCUGCCCUGAAGCUGGGAAGACCGACACUGUCCUCCGAAGUUGGAAUAAUAAUUUGUGAUGUCACUAAUCCCGCCUCACUUGAUGAAAUGGCUAAGCAGGCGGCAAUUGUCCUCAACUGUGUAGGACCCUAUCGAUUUUACGGAGAACCUGUAGUAAAAGCGUGUGUUGAAAAUGGAACGAGCUGUAUUGACAUCUGUGGAGAACCUCAGUUUCUGGAACUAAUGUAUUGGAAGUAUCACGAGAAAGCUGCAGAAAAGGGAGCUUAUAUCAUUGGAAGCAGUGGCUUUGAUUCCAUUCCAGCAGACCUGGGAGUGAUAUAUACCAAAAACAAGAUGAAUGGUACGCUGACGGCUGUGGAAAGUUUCCUGACUAUACAUUCUGGACCUGAGGGGUUGUGUAUUCACGAUGGUACCUGGAAGUCAGCAGUUUACGGUUUUGGAGAUCAGAGUAAUUUGAAAAAACUACGAAAUGAAGCAAAUCUGAAACCCGUCCCAAUUAUUGGUCCGAAAUUGAAAAGAAGGUGGCCACUUUCCUACUGCAGAGAACUCAGCAGCUACUCGGUCCCUUUCCUGGGAGCGGAUGUGUCUGUUGUGAGGCGGACCCAGCGCUACCUGCACGAGACCUUGGAGCAGUCUCCCGUUCAGUACGCUGCUUAUAUAAACAUGGGAGGCAUCACCUCUGUUAUUAAGCUGAUGUUUGCGGGACUUUUCUUUUUAUUCUUUGUGAGGUUUGGCAUUGGAAGGCAACUUCUCAUAAAGUUCCCAUGGCUCUUCUCCUUUGGUUAUUUUUCAAAACAAGGCCCAACACAAAAACAGAUGGAUGGCUCAUCGUUUACAUUGAGGUUCUUUGGUCAAGGAUACAGCCAAGGCUUUGGUCCCGAGAAGGGCAAACCAAAUACAAGAAUUUGUACUCAGGUGAAAGGACCAGAGCCUGGCUAUGUGGCUACCCCCAUAGCCAUGGUCCAGGCAGCUAUGACUCUUCUAAAUGACGCCUCUGAUCUUCCUAGCAUGGGCGGGGUCUUCACCCCGGGAGCCGCCUUCUUCAGAACAAAGUUGAUUGACAGACUCAACCAACGUGGCAUGGAAUUUAGCGUCAUCAGCAGCUCUGAAGUCUAGACGUUGGAAGAAUUGACUGAAGGCAGGACAUGCACGAAUUCAUGGCUUUUUUGUUUGAAAUUUGAAACGCUACACGUUAAAAAGUUGUCAGAUCUAAAAUACGUGCACAUUAAAAGCAGGAAAUUGUACUAGCUUGCCCUAAAUUUCAAAUCUUUGUUGACUUUGUGAUUUUAUUGCUCGUGGAACAGAACCGAUAUUUGACUUCUUCAUCGAAGAGUUCAUCGUCAACGCUUAUAAGUCAGCUGGCGGACUAGAGGGUUGGGGGGGUGUCUUGAUCUGUGUUGCUGACAGACUCCCCAUGAGGCACUCGGGCUGGUGUUCCUGUAAGGCAGUAACUGCUAUUUUCUUCACCUUGAUUUUGAGUGGGAUCUCCCCUUCUGAUGAGUGUCUCUACGUAUUGUUUGGGCCUUUGCCAAAGGAAAACGCACUUUUUGCUAUGUUAGCCUAGUUUCUCGCCCAUCCACACUAACUGAGUUUUUGACUGUUACCUAAGUUGAAUAAUAAAGGGUUGUCGAUGGAA